CCUCGACUGGUUGUCAGUUAAUUGCAGGACACAUCGACAAACAACCUCCACCACCGCCCUGCCAAAUGGAUGGAUAGAUCAUGCAAGAAUUUCCAAUGUUUUCUACAGCUGUUUCGAAUGCUAUGAAAUGCUAUGAAAGCAAUUCCCUCUAAAACUAAUUGACCGCAGAAAAAUGCUGCCUCACAGCAAACAAUGUCAGGGAUAUGCCAUUCAAAGAUGCAACCGACAGGGGUUGUGAGAGUCAGAGAGAUGACUUCAAAGUAAUUUAUUGACAAAUGCAAAAUUAGAUAUUUGAACCAUGAAUCGAUCAACACAUUUUUGGGUUGAAUUCAAAACGAUGUUUAACCUGUCCUCUUCGUCAAGCAGUUCCCAUUUUGACAUCAUGAGACCGCCUCACGAUUCAUUAACAGUACAUUAUAUUACGAGUCUUCGAACAAGAUGUUCCUGAGGGGAUGUUGUGAAUUUUGCAUUUCAGCUUCGUCAGAGAAAAGGACUGAAACACUGAAUAGUUGGACAUGUGCACUGAGACAUUUAGAGAAGGUCAAAUUUAAGUUAACCUGUAAUGUCUUUUAGGUUCAUCCUGAAAUUUGAAACAUAAACUCAAUAACCCGAGCUUUUUUUUUUUCGUGAGUCGUGUAUAUAUUUCUGAGACGUUGCACGAUUUACAGUCGUGUCCUUUUAUUUGACUUGUCCGUAGCACAGGUGUGCAGUAACCAGUUACCUUAACCAGCAUCUUUAAACCUGACCUUAUCACCUGCUAGAUAUCACUAUAUCAUUGUUGUAAUCUCUUUAGUGUACUUUUUUUUUUUUACUUUAUGAAAAUAAACCCGAACAUUGCUGCGGUCUCUCAUUUAAUUCAAACCCGGAGCCGAAUGGUUGUGCGUCCACCUGGGUUUUUAAAAUAUCCCACGAUCCUGAACGCAGCAGGGAUGCUGCCGUUUGUUAGCAGUGCAGAAGCAGUGAGGCUGAGCUUGACGGGCAUGACACGAGCCUUUUAGGAGAAACCUGUUGUCUCUCUCAUAUGCCUCGCCUGUCCACAUUCAAGGACUGACAUUAGCACUUGGGCAGACAUGACGACGCGCUCUGAAAGAGAAAAAUCCCAGAAACUGAAUGAGCAGCAUCAGGCCAUUCUGUCGAAACUGCUGAGAGAGGACGAGAACAAGUAUUGUGCUGACUGUGAGGCGAAAGGUCCUCGGUGGGCCUCAUGGAAUCUCGGGGUGUUCAUGUGCAUCCGCUGUGCUGGCAUCCACCGCAACCUGGGCGUCCACAUUUCCAGAGUCAAAUCUGUCAAUCUGGACCAGUGGACCACAGAGCAGAUUCAGAGUAUGGUGGACAUGGGUAACGGUCAGGCCAGACAGCUUUAUGAAGCCCACCUCCCAGAGAACUUCUGUCGGCCACAGACUGACCAGGCUGUGGAGAUAUUCAUCCGUGACAAAUAUGAGAGGAAAAAAUACUGCGACAAGGAAGCUCUGGCUACAGCUCUGGUGGAACGUGAAAAGAAGAAAGAUGAGAAGAAAAAAGACUUCGACAAAGCUGAUCGACUCCACAUGAAGUCGGAGUCCAGAGCCAGUCCCAAGAAAAGUAAAGAGGCUGCUGUGGACCUUUUGGGCCUGGAUGAUCCAGAUGGUCACAGUAAAGGUUCAACAAUCAAUGAUGAAUUGGACAUCUUUGGACCAAUGGUCUCCAACCCUCUUCCUUCAUGCAACAACACACAACAGGCUAAGCCUGAUUCCAGGAAAGCACCUCAGCCAUCAGAUCACUCCCCUUCUUCAUCUUCCUCUUCUACCUCCACCUGUACCACCACAAGGGCAGAGGAGAAAAAGCUCUUAUCUAAAGACUCUAUCCUGUCUCUCUACGCCGCCAGCUCAGUGGGCAGUCAGCAGCAGCAGCCUGCUACUGGACAGGGACUACAUAUGUCCCAGCCUCAAAUAACACAGCAGGGCUUCAACAGCACCAUAAUGGGAGGAGGGGCCACGAUGUCAGGCAUGACUCUACAUAACGGCAGCUACAUGGACAUGCAGCAGAGCGUGAUGUCAGCCAGACAAGGACAGAACAUCCCCACAGUUCAGCAAGGACAGUUGAGUGUGGGCCAGUUAUCCCGGCAGAUGUCAGGCAUGGCCACAAAUGGAGGUGCCCCACCAUCAGGCGCCCCUGCAGCCAGUUGGUCCACAGCUCCAACAGCUUCAGGACAGACCCUCAGCACUCAGCUGUGGAAGUAACGAGUGGGCAACCCAGAAAAUUAGCAGUGCUGCCUGUGGCACCUAUUUAACAACCCGCCUCCAUAGGAUCCCCAAGGUUCCUUUACAAAGCCAAGACAAUACACUAGGGGCGUGGGGGGUAGCACUGGCAGCCAUCAUGUUUUCUCUUCAUUGGAUCUCUUUUUGAUUUCCUGUUGGUGUUGUGUGAAGUGUAGGUACAAUUACAGCACAGCAAACAAUAGAGGACACUGCUGGAUCGAGUAGCCGCUGUAGUAAUAUUACAGUUGUAUAAUAUCAUACAUAAAAUGAUUAGGUGGUUAAUAGUCAAUGAGUAUGUACAGUAGAUAUGAUCCCGUUGUGGUGGUUGGUCUUCACUCCCUGCUGUGUAUGGUCUCUUCCUCCCACACUUGCCCUCUAACUUUCUCUCCAGAGGCACCAGAGCCUCGUGGGCACGUCGUAUUCUGACCGCCACUGUAUUUGUGGCGACUUCAAAGCCAUAGCCAAUGGUCACGUCAGUCAUUCAGCUCACAAACUCUCUGUUCUAUAAUGAGUUCAAAUUGAAUAGCUCCACAAUGAUGGACCAGGAUGCUCCUAUUGUAAAGCCAAAACAUUAAGUUGCUCCAGGAAGGUCCCCCUGACUGUUCCCCCCCCCCCUCCCAGUUGUAUCAUUUUGAAAUUAAUUUAUAGAGAAAAGAAGAAAAAUCUGGAAAAGAUAUGUAAAACGUGGAGGUCUAAUCAGAGGUGACAUCACAUAAGAGAGAAUAAAAGCAGCAAUGGACGUGACCAAAAAGAAGUACACACGUGUGAACCACGACGUCAAAUGUGAGAUGUGUUGAGUGCACAAUUUGGGAAAGCAGCAGCCUGGUCUGUCUUUGGUCUGUUAUCGUAAUCAGUCAUUCAGUACGCACAUCCGUGUCGCUAAACAUACGAUGUCAAAGUCAACAAUAAACCGACAGUCAUACAAAAAGAAGAAUGCAGUGUCCACCUCAAAGGAUUUGUGUUGACAUACUGUGACAUGGCUCAGUCCUCCCUGCCUCUCCACCUUUAUUACUGUGAGGCAAAUACACACUGUACUGUUUGUCUUUUAAUUCUGUAUUAGUAGUAGUUAGCUUUGACCAGACUGGCCGUUUCUACCAUGUAUAAUUAAUUUUCCUCUACUUCUUACUUUGGAGUACUGUAGAAUCGAAUGGCAACUAUGAUCCUGGAAAGUGUUGUUGUGAGUGAACUUUCCCUUUAGUGGUAUCCACAUCAAAAGUUUCUCCGGUGGCCCUUAAGUGCAAAACACAACAAUUUGUUAUUUUCUUUUUUCCCCAUUUGCUGUUCUGUUUUGGACUUGAGGUUCCACUGUAUUUUUCUCCUUUCCAGUUGGUGUAUAAGUCCCAUCCUUGGUAUUAGUCUUGAGAGCCAGUUGUGCAAUGUGAAAAUGUGAUAAUUUCUUGGCCAAUUCCAAAAUACAAUUACACUAUGAAAAUAUGUGUCACUGUUUUUCCCUAUAAAUUAUAUAAUUCACUCCAAAUAUGUCAAGGGUCCCUGCUUAGCCAUUAGUAGACAUUGAUAGAUAUUUUGAUUGGGUUCACUUCCCAAAAUAAACUAAACUAAAGCCGGCAUACAGUAUAUGCAUUCAACUCCAUUACUACUGCUCACUUAGAGGCUGAUAGACUUCAUGUUUUCACGUGGAAAUAUGGGAGCAAACUUUUUUGAUUCCUCACACCAACAAAUACAGCUGUAAAUUUGAUUGCUUAUGCAAACAAAUGUGGAAACUGAUCCACUAAGUGGGCACACCUCGGAUUACCUGUGCAUUUUGUGAGGAGUAUAAACAAAUAAAUUCUAUUAAUUUGGCGCAUCCACUGUGAAGAAUCAAACCCGAGACAAAGCAAUGUCUGAUUUUGCAUCGUUAAAAAGCACAUCUCAAAGGCAACCCCGUGUGUUACCACGAUGAGCAGAUGCAAGAAAAAGGAGAGGGGAUGUGGAGGACGGAGAGAAAAAAUGUUGCCACAAUGAAAAAUUAUGACAUAUCUAUUCUGCAAUCUGAGUUUCUAUCCCAUCUACCAUCUGACUAGGAACCAGUCACAAGGAGGAGUCAUGCCAUAUCAUCUAGAACCAAAUUGAGUCAUUUCAGCACAUUGUGGCAAAUGUCUGGUGAUGCUUGCCAUUUUUACGCGUGGGCUGUCUGGAGUUGUAAGGGUGUUGCCAAAUACUUAGGACAAGUUCAAUCAAGCAAAACUUGAAUUUUAUGCAGUUGCUGGUUCCUCCCAAAUUGUUGAGGUAGAUUUGUUUUCUCUAAUUCUAUUUGUUUGGCUUCCACUAACACUUCCAAUUCCAUCACUCCAAGGUUACUUUGCACUUGAGGUGCUCUUCCAAAUUUUAAGUAGUGAAAACCAAUAGCGUUAUCUAAAGUGUAAAGCCCUCAGUCCUCUUUGGGACCUUAUUAAAUCGGGCCCUUACAGUAUACUGUUGGAUCUCCUCUGAGUUUUAUGUAGCCAUGUUGCUUGUUUCCUUUAAAGAACCGAAAAUCCAGGGCCACUUCCUACUGGGCUCUGAGCCGGUCAAAUCAUUCCUUUUGUUUGGGGCCUUCUCCUGCGUUCCUUAAGGCAAACUUAAAGUACCGUAGAAUCACAGCGAUUCGUGUCAUUGCACUUUAAACACUACGGAACGAGCACUGUAUCUCAGUGUAUUGUGGUUCUGUCUCCCAAGAUUGUCGUCAGGGUACAGAUUAGUUAAACGUGUAUUCACUUUCAACUGUAUGCCAUCCAGAAAAUCUCCUCCCGUCCAUAAAAAUGGAACAUGAAGUAAGUCCAUAGCUGAAUCUUAACCAAGUGUUCUGCCAUCGCAUUUUUAUUGUUUGUCGUCGUCGUUUGUCGUGAAAGAGAGGCACAAUUAGUGUCAAGUAUACAAACCUGCGUGACCAAUGAGACAGCGGUGACCUGUAUGAAAAUGCUUGAUUGGUCCCAUUGAUGCUGUUGAGUUCACACUGAGCGUAAAAGCAACAGUACAAAUGUAAACACACACACACAAACACAGACACACACAAAAAUAAAGAUUCACUGCUACACCAAUGCACAAAAUCAUGUUCAGUUGUAACACGGCCCCUCCACCACGCAAUAAAUAUUCACUGUUAAGCAAACUAAAUGUGCUUAUUGUGGAUGAGACAUCAACACAUGACAUGUUCUCUCGGGUUAUUUAUAAUACAAAACAUGUAUCUGCUUUAUUACCAUAAAUGUAUCCGUGCUCUCUUUCUGCUGUAUAAGUAGUCUUUGUCGUUAGAGAAUUGUAUUUUAUUUGUAUUGGUUCCAGCA